AUGUAUGUGAAUUCUAUGUUAAGAGAUACUGUGUUGAUGCAGUCUGUUGAAGGAAUGAAGGUUGUGUGCCAUGAUCUAGCACAGGCAACCAGUGGUCCCAAAGGCAGUGCUAUGGAUGAUAUUGUCAAAGAUGCAGAUCAUCUUGUUUCUUGCUUGGCAGAUAAGGCCAGAACAGAUCCAGUUUAA